ACCGGCGCAAGGUUGGGUGAGGGGGAGCUUGUGAAAUCAUGCGUGGGCAUGCAACCGGGCAAAUUCCAGUGCUAGCAGCCUGGCUGUUGGCCCGAGUAACCCCUCGGGUGAGACAAUGGGCUAGCUACCAUAGAGGUACCUUACCUUAGCUCUCAGCCUGACAUCUUGACCUCUGCGAUUCCUGACCUACUUUUUGUUAACUUUCUUCUCCUCACCACAUUCCAUCAGCAAAACUACAUUCUGGUGAUAGCAUCGGACUUUGCCGCUUUACUCGUUAUCUACAUAAUUCUCUGAUAGUCCCGCAAUCCUAUAAACAGAGCUCAAACUAGCCAUGAGCCUCAGGACAACGUCGCGGGCGUUGGGGGCCUUCCGGCCUCUUGCAACCCGCUCAGCAUGCACUUCCAACGUGCGAUCCACCAGAAACUACUCGGCUAGCUCAGAGCCAGACCUGAAGACCACAUUGAAGAGUGUCAUUCCAGCCAAGCGCGAACUCCUCAAGAAGGUCAAGGCCCAUGGUUCCAAGGUCAUCGGCGAAGUCAAGGUCGAGAACACUAUUGGAGGCAUGCGUGGCCUGAAGGCCAUGGUAUGGGAAGGAUCUGUUCUUGACGCCGACGAGGGUAUUCGUUUCCACGGCCGCACAAUCAAAGACUGCCAACGUGAGCUGCCCAAGGGCAAGACUGGCACUGAAAUGCUACCCGAGGCUAUGUUCUGGCUGCUUCUCACUGGCCAGGUCCCCAGCACCAACCAGGUUCGCGUUCUGUCUCGUCAACUUGCUGAGCAGGCCCAACUCCCGGCUUUUGUCAACAAGAUGUUGGAUGACUUCCCCCGCGACCUGCACCCCAUGACGCAGUUUGCUAUUGCAGUUUCCGCCCUCAACCACACAUCCAAAUUUGCCAAGGCGUAUGCCGAUGGCCUCAACAAGGCUGAUUACUGGGAGCCUACAUUUGACGACAGCAUUAGCUUGCUGGCCAAGCUGCCCACAAUCGCAGCCAAGAUCUACCACAACUCGUACAAGGGCGGUGGUGCUCUGCCUGCCGAGGUGGACCUGGAGCAGGAUUGGUCAUACAACUUUGCUGCCAUGCUGGGCAAGGGUGGCAAGGGAAACGAGAACUUCCAGGACCUUCUGCGAUUGUACCUCGCUCUUCAUGGCGACCACGAGGGAGGCAACGUCUCAGCCCACGCCACACAUCUUGUGGGCAGCGCUCUUAGCGAUCCGUUCCUCAGUUACAGUGCCGGUCUGCAGGGUCUGGCUGGACCUCUUCAUGGUCUUGCUGCCCAGGAGGUUCUCCGCUGGAUCAUCCAGAUGAAGGAGGCUAUUCCUGCCACAUACUCGGAGAAGGACGUAACCGACUACCUCUGGUCAACGCUCAACUCGGGUCGCGUAGUACCCGGCUACGGUCACGCCGUGCUGCGCAAGCCUGACCCGCGAUUCCAGGCCCUUAUGGACUACGCUGCGUCGCGUCCCGAGAUCGCCAAAGACCCCGUCUUCCAGCUCGUCCAGCUCAACAGCCAGGUUGCUCCCGAGGUUCUCAAAAAGCACGGCAAGACCAAGAACCCGUACCCGAACGUUGACUCGAGCUCCGGCGUGCUUUUCCACCACUACGGCUUCCACGAAACACUAUACUACACCGCCACUUUCGGCGUGAGCCGUGGUCUUGGACCGCUUGCCCAGCUCAUCUGGGACCGGGCGCUGGGUCUGCCAAUUGAGAGGCCCAAGAGCAUCAACUUGGAGGGAAUUCUCAAAAUUGUCGGUGACAAGAGCUAGAGGCUUGAUCAUAACACUGAUUCGACGUUGCUUUUUCGGCUUUUCGGAAAAGUGACUUCGUCUUGCUCCGAAAAAAAGUCAAGUUUGUCGUUGAAGAUAUGCUUGAUGUUGUCUGUAGUUGCUACCUCAUUUCUAGCGUUCUCUCAUAGACUUGUCAACAAGUUUGUUCCAACAAA